UAAAAUAUUAGCCAAAUUUAACACAAAUUUUAACAUUGAGAUGGUGUAAGGAAGAUUGGAAAUGGAAUGCAUUGCCUCAAAUUCACUCCCAUGUUCUUGGGCAUUUUGUCCUUUUCACACACUUGACUCAUUAUAUAAACCAAAGCAUUUGAAAUUUAGUGUUAAAGAGAUUUUCAAAGAUGGCCGCCACUCGACCGUUAGCUCUCACCAACAAAUUCCUCAGAAAACACAGAAAAUGGCCGAUUUCACCAUACAAAACCAAAUGGCAUCAAACCUUCAAUCAAUCCCAAGCUUUACAAACCCUAAAACGAUCACUCCUUCUCAUCCACAACAACAACAACAACCACAACAAUCUUCUCUCCCUUCUAAUCCAUUCCUUCAAUUCCUACAAUUGCCACCCCACUCCCGAAGCUUACCACUUCCUCAUCAAAACCCUAAUCCGGACCCCUCUAAGCUUCGACCACAUCCCUCCAAUUCUCGAUCGGAUCGAGCUCGUCGAGAAUUUCGAGACGCCCGAGUACAUCUUCGUUGAGCUUAUUCGUUUCUACGGCUGCAGUGGUAGGUUCGAAGAAGCUGUUGAUGUUUUCUGUAAUAUUCCCAGCUUCAGGUGUGUUCCUUCUGCUCUUUCGCUUAAUUCUCUGCUUUUGGUACUCUGUAGGAGAAAUCAGGGUUUGAAAUUGGUCCCUUGUGUUUUGAUGAAGAGUAGAGUUUUGAAUAUUAGGCUUGAGGAAUCUAGUUUUGAGAUUUUGAUCAGUGCUUUGUGUAGAUUUGGGAAAGUUGGGUAUGCUGUUGAGAUACUGAAUUGUAUGAUAUGUGAUGGGUUUGAUGUAGAUAUGAGAAUUUUCUCUUUGAUUUUGUCUUCAAUGUGUGAACAAAAGAAGGGUUUUGGUUCAGGUGAUUUUGGAGUUUUGGGUUUCUUGGAAUCAAUGAGGAAAGUUGGGUUUUGUCCUGGUAUGAUAGAUUAUGCUAAAGUCAUUAAGGUUUUGGUGAAAGAGAGAAGAGGUUUGGAUGCUUUAGACGUUUUGAAUCAAAUCAAAGCGGCGCGAAUGAAGCCUGAUAUUGUUUGUUAUACCAUGGUUUUGAAUGGGGUUAUAAUGGAAGGGGAAUAUGAUAAGGCAGAUGAACUGUUCGAUGAAUUGCUCGUGUUGGGUUUAGUUCCAGAUGUUUAUACUUAUAAUGUGUAUAUAAAUGGCUUGUGCAAGCAGAAUAAUGUGAAGGGUGGUCUUGAUGUGUUAUUACGUAUGGAAAAAAUGGGGUGCAAGCCUAAUUUGAUUACUUAUAAUGUAAUUUUGAAGGCUCUCUGUAAGUUCGGGAAGCUCGAUCAAGCGAAGGAGCUUCUGAGUGAAAUGAGCUUGAAUGGUGUUGGGGCAGACUUGCAAACACAUAGAAUUAUGCUGGACGGUCUGUUUGGUAAAGGCGAAAUCGAUGAAGCUUGUGUGUUGAUGGAAGAAAUGUUGGAUAAAUGUUUAUGUUUUUAUUGUUCAACUUAUGAUGAGAUUAUAUCUGGGUUGUGCCAAAGGGGUUUGGUAUGUAAAGCACUAGACUUGGUGGAAAAAAUGGCUUGCAAGAAUGUGGCACCUCGGCCAAAGUCUUGGGAAGCAAUAGUCCUUGCCUUUAGUAACGAACUAUCUUUACCAGAGGCUGUCUGGACUGGUCUGGUGAGCUCUGCCAAAACACAGGGUGGAACGUAGCCAUUCAUUGUUUUGAAUUAGCCCAAUUAGAAUGGACUGAUCUUUCCAAUUUAGAGGCUUACAAGGUAAAGCAUCAGUGGACCUCAUAUGGUCUAACCAGGUGGAAACUUGCCUAGUUAAGCUGCUGCAAUAUUGGCUGUGAUUUGGGAUCUCUAUAGUUGAAGAUACUUAGCCAUUUUCUGUCCUGGUUUGGCCCAGUUAGCAUGGGCAUAUGGGCUGAAGAUCCCAAUUAGCAGACCAAGAUAAUGUAUAACUAAAAUAGCCCAAAAAACUGUCUGCUAUGAUCCCACUUGCUCUUUAAUGGACAAACUUUCUAGGAGAAUUUUCAAUGUUCAAAUUCUUAUUUAUUAGAAGGACUUAGACUUACAUUACAACACUUCAACUACUUAAAAGCAGAUCUAGUUUCCUACUUUCCACGUAUUUCAUAGCUAUAACAAUGACCUUAUCAAAUGAGAAUUCAUCACAUUUGUGUUUUUAAUUUAUAUUGUUCACUGCUCAAACAUGUGAUUUGUUUUGCAUGAUCUGCCAAAAAAAUGGAGACACAAAGGAGGAACAGAUCUUCCCUUUAUGGAUUUAGUCUGAAUUUGGGAUAUUCUGCUGUUGCCAUCCUUUUGGGGAUUAUGGAGUUGGACUUUUACAUCAAGUGAUUGUUUGAUGCAGACUCAUUGAUUCAUUCACCAUCACACAUUGUGGCCCAAAUAAAAGGUAACUAAGGAUUCCUACCCUUCCACUUCAUGAUAAGAUUGGUAAGCACUCACAUUUCCUUUGACAGCAAUACUGUUACCCACCACUUUGUUGGAUUGGAUUCCACUACACAGCUAUCCUUGCCUAGCUACCUCAUCUUCUUAUGAGGUCCAUUUCACUAUUUAAUGCAUAUAGCUAAGUAAACAUGAGACAUUUGUUCAUGCUUCAAUUUCCAAAGCUACCCACAUUGUCCUAUUACUUUAUAUACAAGCCCCACAACAUUAUUCCUUGCUUUUUUUUUUUUUAUUACUAUAACUAAUCACCAUCCCUUAUGUGUUUUUUAAUCUACACAUCCUUAUCUCUUUCCAGUAAACUUUAAACUGAAUGACUUGGUAGGUGGGCAAUCAAAAUUCUCUUACAAGGUAGGAUCAUAUUGUGUGUUGUGACUAUACCAAAAUUGUCAUCAUUGUUUGAUUGUGAAGAAUCAGAAACUUGUUGCAGUUAAAACAUAGUUCUUAUUUCAUUGACAAUUCACAUUCAUGAUCACUACUACUCUAGUUUUGUACCCAGAUCACUUUUAUGAUCAAUAAUGAGAUAUUGAACAACAAAGAAACUAACUAGUAUAUACUAUAUAGAGAGGAGUUGGUUCUUUAAUAAAUUCAAUAAACAACCAAAUUUAAUUAGUUAUUAUUA